AUGCCCGCUGUCGUCCCCCUACUCCCGUCUAGCGUCCUACCGGACUACAAGCACUACACACCUGAAUACAACCUCGACGACCUGGUUCGGGAUAUCAAAGCGUAUCUAGGAACUAGCGGUGGUAUUUCUUCGGCGGAGGUGGAUAACGAAUACUUAAUUUCGUUGGCACAGAAGUAUAUCUCGGAUCCGAACGAUUGGGCGCGAUAUUUCUACAACGACACUAGCAAGAAUUACACCCGCAACGCUAUUGAGAACAUCAAUCAGAAAGCAAAUAUCCUUCUCCUCGUAUGGAACCCCGGGAAAGGCUCUCCCGUUCACGACCACGCCAAUGCCCACUGCAUUAUGAAGAUCCUGGCUGGCACGCUGCAAGAAACCGUCUACCGUAUCCCGGACCAAGAGUCUGAUCGGGGUCCACUGGAGAUCAAAUCAGAUACGCGGCAUACUAUGAACGACGUGGCUUAUAUCUCUGAUGAUAUCGGGUUACAUCGUGUAUACAACCCGAGUAGUGAUCAAGUUGCUGUGUCUCUUCACCUAUAUACACCUCCGAAUGCGGCAGACUAUGGGUAUAAUGUCUACAACGAAGCCACGGGCAAGGCAUGCUUCGUACCUCAGGCCAAAUCUGUUCCAGCGAAGGAAUGA